AUGUUUUCUCUUCCUCUCUCUUCCUUGCAUUGCUAUGUUUUCUCUUCUCUCUCUCUCUUCCCUUCUUUUGCUAUUUUUUCUCUUCUCUCUCUUCUUUUAUCUAUUAUCUAUCUGUUUCUCUUCCUCUCUCUUCCUUUCAUUUCUAUCUUUCUCUUCCUCUCUCUUCCUUCCUCUCUCUCUUCCUCUCUCUCUCCCUUGCAUUGCUUUUUUCUCUUCCUCUCUCUCCCUUGCAUUGCUAUGUUUUCUCUUCCUCUCUCUCCCUUGCAUUGCUAUUAUUUUCUUCCUCUCUCUUCCUUGCAUCUCUAUAUUCUUCUUUCUCUCUCUCUCUCCCCUAUCUAUCUCUCUAUGUUUUCUCUUCUCUCUCUUCCUCUCUCUUUGCUAUCUUUUUAUCUUCCUCUCUCUUCCCUAUUUAUUCUUGCUAUGUUUCUCUUCCUCUCUCCUCUUGCAUUGCUCUGUUUUCUCUUCCUCUCUCUUCCCUCUCAUUGCUAUCUUUUCUCUUCCUCUCUCUUCCUUGCAUUGCUAUUUUUUCUCUUCUCUCUCUUCCUCUCUUGCAUUCUAUAUCCUCUUUCUCUCUAUCCUCUUCUUCCUUCUAUCUCUAUGUUUUCUCUUCCUCUCUCUCUUUCCCUUCUCUAUCUAUCUAUCUAUCUUUCUUCCUCUCUCUCCUUGUCAUUGCUAUUUUUCUCUCUCUUCUCUUCCUCUUUCUUCUUUUCUCUUCCUCUCUCUUCCUCUUCCUCUCUCUUCCUUGCAUUUUCUCUCUUUUCUAUCUUUUUCUCUUCUCUCUCUUCCUUGCAUUCUAUCUAUCUUUUCUCUUCCUCUCUCUCUCCUUGCAUUUCUAUGUUUUCUCUCUUCCUCUCUCUUCCUCUCUCUUUUUUUUUUCUCUCUCUUCCUCUCAUUGCUCUCUUUUCUCUUCCUCUCUCUUCCUUAUCUAUGUUUCUCUUCUCUCUCUCUUUCCUUCAUUUCUAUCUUUUUCUUCUCUCUCUCUCUUCUUUUCUUCUCUUAUCUUUUUAUCUUUCUCUCUAUCUAUCUCUCUCUCCCUUGCAUUUUAUCUUUUCUCUUCCUCUCUCUUCCUCUCUCUCCUCUUGCAUUCUCUAUCUUUCUAUCUAUGUUUUUCUCUCUCUCUCCUCUCUCUCAUUCUUUUUCUAUUCCUCUCUUCCCUGCAUUCUCUCUGUUUUCUCUUCCUCUCUCUUCCAUCAUUUCUUCUUCCUCUCUUCUUCUUCUAUCUCUUCCUCUCUCUUCCUUCUAUCUAUCUAUCUUCCUCUUGUUUUCUUCUCUCUCUCUCUCCUUGCAUUUUCUAUGUUUUCUCUUCCUCUCUCUUCCUAUGCAUUCUUCCUUUUCUCUCUUCCUCUCUCUUCCUUGCAUUGCUAUCUUUUUUUCUCUCUCUCUCUCUUCCUUCAUUCUCUCUGUUUUCUUUUUUCUCUCUUCUCUUCAUUCUAUCUUUCUCUAUCUCUCUCUUCCUCUCUCUAUCUUUCUCUUCCUCUCUCUUUUUUCUUUUCUCUCUCUUUCUCUCCUCUCUCUCCCUAUCAUUAUUCUUUUUUUCUCUUCCUCUCUCUUCCCUAUGUUUUAUUCUUUCUCUCUCUCUCCCCUUCAUUUUCUCUCUCUUUCUUUCUCUUCUUCCUUGCAUCCCUAUGUUUUCUCUUCCUCUCUAUUCCUUAUCAUAUCUAUUUUUCCUCUUCCUCUCUCUCCUUCUUUUCUCUGUUUUCUCUUCUCUCUUUCUAUCUUCUAUUAUCUAUCUUCUAUCUUCCUCUCUAUUCCUUUCAUUGCUCUCUCUCUUCCUCUCUCUUUCCUUCUUUUCUCUAUCUAUCUCUCUUCCUCUCUCUUCCCUAUCUUUCUAUAUUUUUUCUCUCUUCUCCUCCUCUCUCUUCCUCUCUCUCUUUCUUCUAUCUUAUCCCUCUCUCUCUUUCUUCUCUUCCUUGCAUAACUAUCUUUCUCUCUCUCUUCCUCUCUCUCUCUCUCAUUCUUCUUUUUUCCCCUCUCUAUCUAUCUAUCUUUCCUUAUCUUUCUCUUUCUCUUCUUCUCUCUCUUCUCCCUCUUUAUUCUAUUUUUCUCUUCCUCUCUCUUCCUUUCAUCUCAUCUAUCUUUUUCUCUUCCUCUCUCUUCCUCCCAUUCUAUCUUUUCUCUAUCUCUCUCUCUCCUUCCUCUUCCUCUUUUUCUCUUUCUCUCUCUUUCUCUUCCCUAUCUUUCUUUCUUCUUCCUUCUCAUUUCUCUUUCUAUCUAUCUUUCUUCCUUGCAUUGUUAUGUUUCUCUCUUCCUCUCUCUUCCUCUUUCUAUCUUCUAUCUUUCUCUCUCUCUCUUCCUUGCAUUUCUCUCUCUUUCUCUUCCUCUCUCUUCCUUAUUCUUUUCUAUCUAUCUAUUUAUCUAUCUCUCUUCUCUCUCUUCUAUCCAUUCUAUCUUUUCUCUUCCUCUCUCUUAUGUUUUCUAUGUUUUCUCUUCCUCUUCUCUUCUCUCUUCUAUUAUCUUUUCUCUUCUCUUCUCUCUCCUUCUAUCCUCUCUAUAUCAUUUUCUCUUCCUCUCUUUCUCUAUCCUUCUAUUAUUCUUUUCUCUUCCUCUCUCUUCCUUGUCAUUGCUAUCUUUCUCUUCCUCUCUCUUUCCUCUAUUCUUUCUCUUCUAUCUCUCUAUCUAUGUCAUUCUAUUUAUCUCUUCUCUCUCUUCUCAUUCUAUCUUUUCUUUCUCUCUUCCUCUCUCUUCUCUCUCUUUAUCUCUUUUCUCUCUCUCUUCUCAUUCUAUAUUUCUAUCUUCUCUCUCUCUAUCUAUUCUAUUGUUGUCUUUCUCUUCCUCUCUCUUUCCCAUCUAUCUAUGUUUUCUCUUCCUCUCUCUUUAUUCUUUUCUCUCUUUCUCUUCCUCUCUCUUCCUUCUAUCUAUUUUUUUCUCUAUCUCUCUCUUCCUUCCAUCUCUAUUUUUUCUCUCCUCUCUCUUCUUCUCUCUUUGUUUUUCUCUUCCUCUCUCUUCUUAUCUAUCUUUAUCUUUCUCUCUUCCUCCCUCUUCCUUCUCUCUUCUCUUUCUCUUUUUCUCUUCUCUCUCUUCCUCCUCUUUAUUCUUUUCUCUUCCUCUCUCUUCCUUCAUUCCUCUCUCUUUUUCUUCCUCUCUCUUCCUAUCUAUUCCUCUUCUCUUCUCCUCUCUUCCUUUCUUUUCUAUCUAUCUCUCUUCCUCUCUCUCCCCUAUCAUUCUUCUUUUCUCUUCCUCUCUCUUCUCUUCAUCUCUCUUUUUCUCUUCUCUCUAUCUUCCCUCUAUUCUCCUUCUCUCUUCUCUUUCUGUUUCUAUGUUUUUUCUCUCUUCCUCUUCCUCUAUUCUAUCUUUUCUCUUCUCUCUCUUCCUCCUCUUUCCCUAUUUUUCUCUUCUUCUCUCUCUCUUUCUCUCUAUUAUUAUGUUUUCUCUUUCUCUCUCUUCCUUGCCUUUGUUUCUCUCUUUUUUCUCUUCUAUCUCUCUAUCUAUCUCCUUUUUCUCUUCUAUCUCUCUCUCUCUAUGUUUUUCUCUCUCUCUCUUCCUCUCAUUUUCUAUCUAUCUCUCUCUCUUUCUUUUUUCUCUCUUUCCUUCUCAUUAUCUAUUUUUCUUCCUCUCUCUCUCUUCCUUUUCUCUCUUCCUCUCUCUUUUCUUUUUCUCUCUUCCUCUCUCUUCUUCCAUCUUUCUUUAUCUUUUUCUCUCUUUCUCUCUUCUUCCUCUCUCUUUCUAUCUCUCUUUUCUACUUUUCUAUCCUCUCUUUUCCUUGUUCUCUCUUUCUCUUCCUCUCUCUUCCCUUGCAUUCUAUUUUCUAUCUAUCUCUCUAUCUAUUCUAUGUAUCUAUCUAUCUUGCAUUCUUCUAUUUUCUCUCUUUCUCUUCUCUCUCUUUCCUAUUUUCUCUAUCUCUCUCUUCCUUUUCUAUUAUGUUUUUUCUUCCUCUCUCUUCCUUUCUCUUUCCCUAUUUUUCUCUUCCUCUCUUCCUUGCAUUAUCUAUGUUUUCUCUUCUCUCUUCCCUCUCUCUUUCCUUUCUCUUCCUCUCUCUUCCUCUCUCAUUCUAUCUUUUUCUUCCUCUCUCUUCCUCUUCAUUCUAUGUUUUUCUUCUCUCUCUUCCUUGCUUUGUUUCUUCCUCUUUCUCUUCCUCUCUCUUUUCUAUCCUUUCUCUCUUUCUCUUCCUCUCUCUUCCUUCUAUUCUAUGUUUUCUCUUCCUCUCUCUUCCUUGCAUUGCUAUCUUCUUCUUCUCUCUUCUCUCUCUCUAUCUAUUUUUCUCUUCCUCUCUCUUCCUCUCAUUCUUAUUUUUCUCUUCUAUCUUCCUUCUCCUAUGUUUUCUCUUCCUCUCUCUUCCUUGCAUUCUUUCUCUUUCCUCUUCCUCUCUCUUCUAUUCUUAUUUCUCUGUUUUCUCUUCUCUCUCUAUCUCCUUCAUUGCUCUGUUCUCUCCUCUCUCUUCCUAUUCUUUUUUUCUCUAUCUUCCUCUUCCUCUCUCUUCCUUGCAUUCUAUGUUUCUCUUCCUCUCUCUUCCUCUCUCAUCUAUGUUUUCUUUUCUCUCUCUCCCUUGCAUUCUAUAUUUUCUCUUCCUCUCUCUUCCUUCAUCUCUCUUUUUCUCUUCCUCUCUCUUCUAUCAUUGCUCUUUUUUCUCUUCCUCUCUCUUCCUCUCAUUGCUAUGUUUUCUCUUCCUCUCUCUUCCUUCUUCCUUUUCUAUCUCUCUUCUCUCUCUUCUCUCUCUAUCUAUGUUUCCUCUUCCUCUCUCUUCCUCUAUUCUUUUUCUUCCUCUCUCUUCCUUGCAUUGCUAUCUUUAUCUCUUCUCUCUUCCUUGCAUUUCUAUUUUUUCUUCCUCUCUCUUCCUUCAUUGCUAUCUCUUUCUCUAUCUCUCUUCCUUAUGUCUAUAUUUUCUCUUCCUCUCUCUUCCUUGCAUUUUAUUUUUUCUCUUCCUCUCUCUUCCUUGCAUUGCUAUGUUUUCUCUUCCUCUCUCUUCCUUGCAUUCCUCUCUUUUUCUUCUCUUUUCCUUGCAUUCUAUCUUUCUCUUCCUCUCUCUUCCUUGCAUCCUAUUUUUUCUUCUCUCUCUCCUCUCUCUUCUAUCUUUCUCUUCUCUCUCUCUCUCCUUGCAUUCUAUUUUUCUCUUCCUCUCUCUUCCUCUCAUUGCUAUUUCUUUUCUCUCCUUCCUCUCUCUUCUCUCUCUCUUUUUCUUUUUUUCUCCUCUCUCUCUCUUCCUUGCAUUGCUUUAUUUUUUCUCCUCUUCUCUCUUCCUUCUAUUGCUCUUUUUCUUCCUCUCUCUUUCUUGCAUUGUCUAUGUUUUCUCUUCUCUCUCUUCUCUCUUCUCUUAUUCUUCCUUUCUAUUUUCUCUUCCUCUCUCUCUUCCUUCAUUCUAUUUUUCUUUCCUCUCUCUCCUCUCUUCCUCUUUUCUCUUCCUCUCUCUUUUCCUUCUUCUAUCUAUUUCUCUUCCUCUCUCUUUUUUCAUUGUCUUUUUCUCUUCCUCUCUCUUCCUUGCAUUAUCUAUCUUUCUCUUCCUCUCUCUUCUCUUGCAUUCUAUUUUUCUUUCCUCUCUCUCUCCUUUCAUUCUCUCUUUUUCUCUUCCUCUCCUUCUUCUCUCUAUCUUUUUCUUUCCUCUCUCUUCCUUCCAUUGCUUUUUUUCUCUCUUCUCUCUCCUCUUCCUUCUAUGUUUUCUCUUUCUCUCUCUCUCCUUCUAUCUCUCUCUUCUCUCUUCCCUCUUUCUCUCUUUCUCUUCCUCUCUCUCUCUUUCUCUAUCUAUCUUUUCUCUUCCUCUCUCUUCCUUCUAUUUAUAUUCUUUCUCUUCCUCUCUCUUCUUGCUAUUUUCUCUUCUCUCUCUUCUGUUUUCUAUUUUUUUCUCUUCCUCUCUCUUCUCUUCCAUCUCUAUGUUUUUCUCUUCCUCUCUCUUCCUUUUAUUCUAUUCUUUCUCUUCCUCUCUCUUCCUCUUCAUUCUUUGUUUUUCUCUUCCUCUCUCUUCCUUUUCCUAUUAUCUAUGUUUUCUUCCUCUCUCUUCCUCUAUUGCUCUCUUUUUUCUUCUUCCUCUCUCUUCCUUCUCUAUCUAUUCUUUUCUCUUCCUCUCUUCCUUGCAUUGCUAUGUUUUCUCUUCCUCUCUCUUCCCUUAUCAUUAUUCUUUUUCUCUUCCUCUCUCUUCCUUGCAUUCUAUGUUUUCUCUUCUCUCUCUUCCUCUCAUUUUUUGUUUUCUCUUCUCUCUCUCUUCCUUGCAUUCUAUGUUUUCUCUUCCUCUCUCUUCCUCUUCAUUAUCUAUGUCUUUCUCUCUUCCUCUCUCUUCCUUGCAUUGCUAUCUUUUUCUCUUCCUCCUCUCUUCCUUCAUUUCUAUUUUUUUCUCUUCUCUCUCUUCCUUGCAUUGCUAUUUUUCUUCUUUUUUUUCACCAGCAUAUCUAUCGUGACCGUUUACGUAAAAUUUUCUUACAUGUAACUGCAAUAUUACGUUGGCAACAACAUAUUUCUGAAUACAUACAAGCCGCCUUCAGCUCAUUCUUCUUUUUCCCCUCACUCUCAUUCCUCCACUUCGUUCUUCCCAGCAUUGUCUCUACCAACUCGAUCUUCUCUCACUCUCUCUUGCCUCUCUCUCGCCUCCUCUCUCUCUCGCCUCCCUCUCUCUCGCCUCCCCUCUCUCUCUCUCGCCCCCCUCUCUCUCGCCUCCCCUCUCUCUCUCGCCUCCCCUCUCUCUCUCGCCUCCCCUCUCUCUCUCGCCUCCCCUCUCUCUCUCGCCUCCCCUCUCUCUCUCGCCUCCCCUCUCGCUCUUGCCUCCACUCUCGCUCUCUCUCUCUUGCCUCCACUCUCGCUCUCACUUCAUAUCUCCAUAAAUUUUCUGAAGUCAUCCCUUGA